AGAGCUUUGGAGCAUAAGGGUGGCACUCGGGUUAAGCUCAGAGCAGCUGACAUCCAGCUCUGUCCAACUGCCGAGCCAGCUGACUUAAGGAUGGCGCCCAGCAAUAGCUGCAUGGUCCACGUGGAGGAUGAGAGGUUGCUGGCUAAAGAGAAGAACAAGCUGAGAAAGCCAGUCGUGGAGAAGAUGCGCCGCGACCGGAUUAACAGCAGCAUCGAACAACUGAAGGUCUUGCUGGAGAAGGAAUUCCAGAGGCACCAACCCAACUCCAAGCUGGAGAAAGCUGACAUCUUGGAAGUGGCCGUCAGUUACUUGAAACAGCAGCGGCAAAGUCAGGGCCCAGUCUUCGCCCAGAAGAAUCCAGAACUUGACUUCAACACCGGGUACCUGCGUUGCUUGAGAGAAACAUUCAACUUCCUUUCCUAUUGUGAACCCAAGAGGGAAACGCAGACCCGGCUGAUUAAGCACUUCUGCAAAGUCCACGUGAUCACCGACCACGCCUGCCCGCCUGCUUCAGCCGCAUGCUGCCUGCCUGCGCCUCCGCAUCCUCUCCCCAAGAAACACGCUGCCUGCAAGAACCCACCAGCCGCAGUCACCAUCUGGAGACCGUGGUAGAGACCACUGGUGGACUUUCCCAAUAGCUGUCUGCCAGAAAAAAAUAUAUACCAGAGGAAUCUUUGGUUUUAUGAUUCCUCUUUCAAAAGUAGGAAACAUUUUGAUUUCCAGGAGGUGCGGGAGGCAGAGAGUGUGGUUGUUUUUCUGAAAAGAGAAAGCCUGCUAACAUAAUUUCCCUUCAUAAUGAAGGACUGUGCCUGCGUUAUGCAGGGUAGAUAAGUCUGCCCUUAUGGGUGACUGACAGAGAGCCAGUGUCUUUGCUCCCGUGAGGGACACAAAACCCAAUAUGACCACCUGCAGCAAAGUCUUGCUAAAAAGAUGUCUCUGUGGUAUCCAAGAAGGAUAAUAUCGAAGGUCCUCAGCAGCAUCUGUUGGGAUCCAAAGGGUUAAAGUGAUCCGGCUCUCUGUUCAGGUUGUCCUUCUAAGAGAAAGGCUGUUUUUGAUCAUAUAGUUUUGUGUUAAAAGUGCUUUAGGUUGUUUUUUUUUAAAAUCCUUUGAGUGAAUCCCUUUGUUUCCCAAAUAGUAGCUGUGUGACUGAGAAUCCUGUACUACGUUUGUAGACAAACUUUUGAAAGUUAUUAUGAUAACGAACAUGCCGUAUGGGACAUUUCUGUUGGGUUAUGUCGCCUGUCUGUGUGCUUCUCUCAUUGGAGAGAGAUGUCGAUGCCUUUUGUAAAGGAGAUGUUUGCUUGUGUAUCUUUAAUAAGGAGAAAGAAUUGAGGGUAUGUAGAUAGAAUAUGAUCUAUGUGAGGUGAUGUUUUUUAAAAAAAAAUUGAGCUACUAUGCGUUCAUCACAUGUGAUGCUGAAUAUCAUUUGGAUUUCUCGGACGGAAAUGCCAAUAAAAAAAUAUUUUCAUUGA